AUGUGUCAGAAGGGCACGCUGUGCCUGGCCGCGGGCGGGCUCGUGGCGGGGCCGCUCUUCCAGCAAGAAACGCCGCCCUCCAGCCUGGACUCCAGGGUCGCAGUCGUGCGCAGAAUACUCAGCGACGUGCCGCUCAUCGACGGCCACAAUGACCUCCCGUGGAACGUGCGCAAGUUCGCGCGGGGGCAGCUGGUCGGCUUCAACCUGACGGCCGACCUCCGCCACGUGGAGCCGUGGUCCCGCAGCGCCUGGUCGCACACCGACCUGCCGCGCAUGCGCGCCGGCAUGCUCGGCGCACAGUUCUGGUCGGCGUACGUGCCAUGCGGCGCGCAGUACCUGGACGCGGUGCAGCUGACGCUGGAGCAAAUCGACCUCGUCAAGAGGAUCAUCAGCCUGCAUCCGCAGCACUUGGUGCUCGCCACUUCCACAAAGGGUGUCCUGGAGGCGCACAGGGCGGGCCAGAUUGCGUCGCUGGUGGGCGUGGAGGGUGGACACUCGCUGGGCAGCUCGCUGGCCGUGCUGCGCACCUUCUACAGCCUGGGCGCGCGCUACCUCACGCUCACCCACACCUGCCACACGGCGUGGGCAGACUGUUCUGUGGCGGACGCCGCCGGCCCGGAUCCUCCGGCUACGGCCGCCGCGCCAGCGCCCACGCCGACCGCCGGGAGGCGCCGCAGGCCGGGGCUCACUGAGUUUGGACGGGCGGUGGUCCGCGAGAUGAACCGCCUGGGCAUGAUGGUGGACCUUUCGCACGCCAGCGUGAAGACCAUGAAGGACGCGCUGGAGACCAGCAAGGCGCCCGUCAUCUUCUCCCACUCCAGCGCCUACUCCAUCUGCAACAGCUCCAGGAACGUGCCCGACGACGUCCUCAGGUUGUUGGCUGACAACGGCGGUAUAGUGAUGGUGAACUUCUACACGUACUUCAUCACCUGUAAUUCGACUGCCAAUAUAUCUGAUGUGAUAGCGCACAUCAAUCACGUACGAGAAGUGGCGGGCAUCGACCACGUGGGCAUCGGCGCAGGAUACGACGGCAUCAAUCACACGCCGACUGGCCUGGAGGACGUGUCGCGGUACCCUUACCUGCUGGCUGAGCUGCUGAGCGACCCCCUGUGGACGGAGCAAGACGUGAAGAAGCUCGCCGGUCUCAACCUCCUGAGGGUCUUCAGAGAGGUUGAAGAGGUCCGCGACAAGUGGCAGCUGGCGGCUGUGACGCCCGCUGAGGAUCUGAUCCCCGCGGCGGACCUGGAGGGCCACACCACCUGCAUGUACCUUGCCUCCUGACCUGCCGUCGCCGUCUUCCUCCUCAUGAUUUCACGCAGCAGGCAGGCUCCACAAUAACCCACUAAGAAGAAGAAGAAGAGGGAGGUGAUGGCGCCACCUUCAGCAUGGAGAACUCUCUGCUCCACGGCGCAUCGACACACCCUGCCGUGUAACGCACACUCCUGGGACCAAUUCAGCACGGAGGCCUCGGUCCAAAACUUACACUGUUGCCGAUGGAUGUAGGCCUACCCCAUCUACGGAGGUGUUCCGCCGAGAAUACUGCAGGAUGAUAAUUUUUCCACUCCUAUGGGCCGCCAGCGGGAUGCUGUUUUGCUGCUGCUCGGAAAUACGAGUGGCUGUGAUUGGUUUCAUCUGCCGUCAUAUCACAGCAGCGCAGUAACAUCAUUCCAGCGCGGCACUACUAUGCAACAUCUUACCAGCAUAUCACUUUUCUAACGCCUGUGAUGUAGUUUAGAAGUAUUGUAGAGCGUUGAGUAGGAACACUUACAGUUUUACGUAUCUAAUGAGAAGGUAUCAUUAGUGAGCACUAUGUAGGUACUAUUUGGGAAUGGAGAAUGCUCAAUGAACUUCAUGUGAAGAACGUUUUGUGAGGUGUCAUUCGAAGUAAAGUAGGGAUUUCUCGUUUCUCUC